CAUGGCGUCCCGGGCCAAGAAGCGCGCCCUGGGCAGCCGGCACCCGGAGGCCGAGGAGGAGCGCGAGGAGACGGCGGAGGACACCGACGAGAGCGGCGACGACAGCAGCGGCAGCGACGAAGAGGACGAAGAAGACGAAGAAGACGAACUCGUCAACCAGGAAGUAAACGUUGAAUUUGAAGCUCAUUCUAUCUCAAGUAAUGACUUUGAUGGAAUAAAGAAAUUACUACAACAGCUCUUCCUGAAGGCUGCUGUGAAUAUUGUGGAGCUCACCAAUCUCUUAAUUCAGCAGAACCACAUUGGGAGUGUCAUUAAGCAAACAGAUGUUCCAGAAGAAAGUGAUGAAGAGGAUGAUGAAGAGGAGGAGAUUUUUGGUUUCAUCAGCCUCUUGAAUUUAACAGAAAGAAAGGGUGCCGAAUGUGCUGAACAAAUUAAGGAGUUGAUUCUGAGCCUCUGUGAGAAGGAUAUGGUUGAACAGCUGCGUAAACUCUUCAGUGAUCCCGCUAAGCCUGUGGGCCUCCUGUUAAGUGAAAGAUUCCUUAACGUCCCACCCCAGAUCGCUCUGCCUAUGCACCAGCAGCUCCAGAAGGAGCUUGCGGAGUCACGCCAGGCCGAUGAGCCUUGUGGCAAGUGCUCCUAUUACCUCAUGAUCAGUAAGACGUUCCAAGAGGCCUCGAGGAAUUCCAGAAACAAAGGGAACAUGCCACACAAAGCGCUGAGGUUUGCCAAUGCAGAGGAGGAGUUUUUCUAUGAGCAAGCGCUUCUCAAAUUCAGCUACUCAGUGCAAGAGGAGAGUGACCUGGCUUUGGGAGGCAGGUGGUCUUUCGAUGACUUGCCCAUGAAGCCCCUGCGGACGGUGAUGGUCAUUCCAGCGAGCAAGAUGAGUGCGGUCAUGGAGACGCUGAAGGAGUACCUAUCCAUCUAACCUGCUUUCUGUAGACAGUGAGUGGCUUGUUUGUACAACGCUUUCUGAUAAACUCAUUGGAGAUGUAGUGGUUUCGAAACAACUCCUGGUGUGUGUAAUGCCAUAUAUAACGGAUGGUUCAGUCACCGUGGCCUUAAUACGUUUUUUGAUUUUUUCAUUUUGGUCAAAUGUAUCUUGGACUUGUGAAUCAUUCAUUAAAAGCUCAUUACUUCAAAAGAAAACUGAACACAUGGGUUAGGAAUUUUAAAAACUGAGCAGCAACUGUUUAUUAUGGUUGCUUUAAUGAUGUACAGAAUGUUUAUUUGUACAAAAUUUUCUUGGCUGGGCAAUUUGUCUUGCCUCCUGUUCGAUCUCUGUACAUCUUUCACGUUGACAAACCAUUACAAUGAUUAACUUUGGGCUGUUUAUUGCACAUAGCGUUUCAGUGUGUACUGAGUAGAAUUAAGGUUGGAAGUCACUGAAUAACGCAUCUUGCUUCAGCAGAAGCUUCAGGGCACUCUUCACAUAGUUUAUCUUUGCUUGUCUUCUGUUCCUUUUUCAUUGUCGACAUGGGUGAUAAGUGAUUGAUUACUUGCUGCAGAAUAUCCUUACUUUCACUAGGAGGCAGAUUGCUGAAGUAAUACGGUGGGGCCAACUGCAUGAAUCUGUUGGAGCAGAGAACAAAAUGCAGUUAUUUCAAGGAAAGUUGAAGCUCCGAUCAUUUAUUCAAACUCUGAGAUCCUUUGUAAGUGAUAAAUACCAAACCUCCACGGAGCUCUGUGUAACAGGUCUGGAGUCAGAAUUCCUGGACCAAUUUUUGGGCCCAAUUGCCUGCUUAGCAGUGGGUGGGCCUCAGGUGCCUCAAGCAGGCUUUGAGGGGAAAUGGGCGUGCUCCUUCAUGAGCAUCCUGGGAAAGACCAGGACGAGGCCUUUCCUUAAUGGGCCUUUGGCAGGGAUAAAUUGGAGGAUUUCUGGUAGAUGUGCCGUGAGAAGAGACGCCCUCGGUUUAUCUUUGCAGGUUUCUUAGGGAACAGCCAGUGGCGUGGCUGAUGACAGUGCAGUGUCUAAAAGCUGCCGCAUCAGGGACCCUUAUUGCUGUCUGGUUGUGGGAGGAGGUUCUUAACCUUUUAAGGCACUCUUCUUGGAAGGUUUUAAAAUGCAUAAAUUAAAAUAUAUACGGUUACAAAAGAAACCAAUGAUACUCAAGUUUUUAUCAAAAAAAAAAUUUUUUUUUUUAAAGAAAUCAUGUUUAUAGACCCAGGUAAAGAAGCUCAGCUUUAGCAAGAUAGUAACUUAAUUCAGAAACUAUUUGGGGGAUAACCUUGAAAAAUAGUCAUUUCAUAUAGCAGUUGCAACAUGGAAACGUCCAAGGUCCUGCAGGGGGAGCCAUGUUCAAUAAAAUGUUUCUAUUUUCAUAGA